AUGUCGGAAGGUGGGAAAGUCUCAACGGCUCGAGUGGUAGCAUUGGGUGUGACGCUUGUUUGCGUGGGAGCCCUUGGAUUCCAUCACAUUCCUGGCAUGAUUGCCGAAGAUGCCGGAGGUACCAAGUGGGUCAAUGCUGUGUAUUGCAGCAUUAUGACUCUAACGACUGUUGGUUUUGGGGACAUUUGCCCUGGAGACAUAUCGGGAGCUGGACGAACCUUUAUCGUGAUACUUUCGUUUUCUGGCCUGGGAAUGUUUUGUGGGCCGAUUAUGGAUCUAGCAGCCUCGUGGAAGCACAAUCUACCCAUGGAAGGAGCUGUGGUCUUGCUGUCUUCCACAGUUGCAACAGGCAUUUUUCUGUUCAGCUACCUCUUGGAAGAAAUGAGCGAGUCUGAAGCAGCCUAUUUCAGCAUCAUAACAGGUACCACGAUCGGUUAUGGAGAUAUAUCUCCCAAAUCAGAUGCAGGAAAGCUUGCUGUUGCUUUGUAUGCUCUCCUUGCUGUGAAUGCCGUGGCGUCGUUGCUCGAGCCGGCAAAGGACGUUUUAAUAGAGUUUUGCAUGGUCCCACCGGAAACUCGGAAGAAUGUAGGUACGACAGACAAGGUGGUAUCCACACAAGCAAAGAGCAAGAACAAGAAAGGAAAGAAUAAAAAGAAGUCGGGAGCCAAGAAGGCCGACAAGCAAUCAACCAAUGAUGGAGAUUCUGGAAAGAACGCUAGAAAGGAGGCUUCAGAAACCAAGAAGGGCAAAUAG